AUGAGCAUCAGCGAGAGGCGCAACGCGCCGGUACCCGCAGUUCUUUUAUGCGGUACCGAAUUCUCAGUUUCGAAGGGCCAACAAGUCGACGAUAGCCGCUAUCCCAGAGGCAGCUCUAACCUCGCCUCUUCACCAAAUUCCGCGGGCUCAAACAGCUAUAUGAGCAUCCUCGGCUCUCCCGUUGCUCCAAGGAAUAACAGCGAGCCUUCAUCUCCGGCCCCAACUAUCUAUUCAAGCAUCACUGCCGACAUACAUGCCCGCGCUGAUUUCGAUGAGAUUACCUUCAAUGAGCAUUAUCUUGCCUUCCGCGUCGUCCUUGAUACCGGCGAUCCCAAGGACAAACAGCAGCUCAACAAGCUCCACAAUAAGCUGCUACGUCUUACUCCCGCCCAAAUCUAUGAACUUAGCACCGAUGUGUUCGACGAGUUGAUGCGAAGGCAGACUCCCGCAGGACCCAAUGGCCCUCCCGCCUUUCUACUCCCCAACAGUGCCUUCAGUGGUAGGCGAAACCAGGCUCGGCAGAGGCUGUCAGCUGUCGACCAACCCCGAUUCAGAGACCUUGUGGCGGACGUUUGUUGCGAAAUCAAACGAAGAUUCCCUCAUUUUGCGAGACCGUACCUCCAGCAUACGGGAAAUCGCACGUCGACCCAAUGUGACCUACUCAGCCCUCGAUCGAGCACUCCGUUCAACGGAUUUGCCCCAAGGCGUCAAGGUCGCAUGAGGGAAUCUCCCCAAGCGCCAUCUAUGAUAGAUCCUAGACGGACAGACGUCCACGGACCCUCCGCAUCACCAAGUGCCUCCAAUUUCCCCAGGAGCCCUGGUACCAACGGCGAUUAUAGUCCGACGCCGAAGCAGCCCGACCGAGAUAACGCCAACGUUCCGAGGAGGCUUUCUAUGGUAGAAGAGGAUGAUGAGAGCGGAAGCGAAAGCGAAGCGUUUUCCCUUGAGCAGACUGCGAGCAGCCGUGAGAGCACACGAAGCGCUGGCAGCGGCGUGACCACGAAAACCAACAACAAGCUCGUUGAAGAGUAUAAAGGCCAGUUGCGGCAAGUGGGCGACAGACUUCGUAGAAUAGACGAUGCCAUGAAGAAUAGGGAGGAAGAAAUCGGCGGCGUUCUGGACGAAGGACGUUCAAGAGCUACUGCACACGACAUCGAGAAACAGGAAUGGGAUGAUAUGCGACUCGAUCUCGAAAACAAGCUAGCCGAAGCGCAAGCCUUGAACGAUUCGAUGAGGCUGAAACUACAACGGGUACGGGAAGGCAACGACGCCGAGAUGGAGAGGCUCAGAGAUGAGGUGGCCUUGGCUCAAACGGAAGCUCGGGAAGCCCAGCAAGUGGCCGCCCAGUAUGCUGCUGCUCAGCAGGCCCCGAGAGGUAUCGAGCCAGUCGCGUCGGACUCUUCACUUGAGCGGGUCAAUAAGCACCUUCGCCAUUCGCUCCUGGAGCAGCAGCGGGCGCAACAGCAGGCGAUGGAAGAGGUACGGAAGGAGACCAAAGAGCUUUUGCGUGAGGUGCGGGCGCUCUCACAGCAAAACAGUUCGAUAUACGAGCGACAAACAGAAGAGCUCCGGCAGACCAUCAAGCGGCUCGAGCAAGAAGUGCAUGAGUGGAGAGUUCGCUGCGUCCGUGUCAAGACGCAGCUUCGAUCUAUAUGCGCAUCCUCCGUUGAACUAGGGCCGGAGCACGAUGCGAUGAAACUCGACCGCGGCAAGGGUUUCGUCGACGGCCACGGCCUCGUUAAAGAUAUCCACGUCACCGAGUUCCAGACAGCCAUUGACGAGCUUUUGCGCAAGGCACGCGCCAAUGACUCCGAGUCCGUGAUUGACGCUGCGAAAUUGGUCGUAGUCAGUGUGCGUCGUAUUACCCACGACGCCAAGGUGCCACGGAGCGACGACGAAGACUCUGCCCGGCAGCGGGCGAAGCUGAGGGGCGAGGUCUCAUCGGCCACCAACAGCCUGAUCACGACGUCCAUGAACUAUGCCGCUGGCGCUGGGAUAUAUCCGCUCUCCCUGCUUGAUGCUGCGGUAAAAUUUGGGGCCAAAAGUCUGCGAACAGAUAACAGUGCGCCACAUAAAACCCACUAA